AUGAGCUGCUUCCGGCCCAUGACUGCAGGAGACCUCUUCAAAUUCAACUCCGUCAACUUGGACGGAUUCACUGAGACCUUUCUGCAGAGUUUCUAUCUCCGGUACCUUUCCAACUGGCCCGAGCUCUGCAUUGUUGCUGACGCACCAGAUGGAACUAUCGCAGGGUACAUCAUGGGCAAAGUCGAGGGAACGGGUAUGGACUGGCAUGGACACGUGACCGCGCUGUCGGUUGCACCGGAGUUCCGCAAGUGUGGCCUCGCGCAGAAGCUGAUGUCCUUCUUGGAAAACAUUUCAGAGAUGAAGUUCAAAUGCUACUAUGUCGACCUCUACGUUAGAGUGUCGAAUACCGUGGCCGUGAACUUCUACAGGAAGCUUGGCUACCGCGUGUGGAAGACAGAGAAAGGCUAUUACUCCGGAAAAGAAGACGCCCUCGACAUGCGGAAGCCUCUCUCCCAUGACGUCGAUGCAGUGUGCCUCAAAGGCGCCGAAGAACCCCUCUAG